AUGAAUGGGUCUACGCCUACCGACCUACAAGUGCAGCGCUUCACCUGUCCUCACUGCUUGAAGUUAUGCUUUCUACCAGGUGUCUGGGAUUAUAGGACCCCGGUUUCUCUUGGUAGUACUCUACUACCUGCGACGUCUCUUGACGAUACUCACCAGAGAGUAGCGGCUUUCGGUAGACCUUCUGACACGCCAUUGGGGACGCCAAUUGGAACACCAAACCCAUCACCUUUUGCUCCAGUCUUUGGUGCGCCAGCUCUAUCCGCUAGGUCCUUCUUUGGUGCGCCUGCUAGCAAGGCAAAGCCACCAGACUUUACUCGACCGCCCAAGGCAGCCUUUGAUGCUCCUGCUAGCGAACCAGAACUAUCAGUCUUUACUCCACCAAAACCAUCCGCUUCUUCUCCAGAAUUUGAAGCAUCGACACUAUUGGCUUAG